UUCGCGCUCAUCUCUCUCUCUCUCUCUCUCUCUCUCACUCUCACUCUCCUAGAUCUUCAAAUGGCGUCGACAACAAAACACGAACGUUCCGAACAACGCGAACUGGUGGCGAAGAAGGCAAAGGUUGACGAUGAGGCUCCGGAAUCAAAGCCCGCAGAGCGCGUGGUGCUCAACCCUGCCGACUGCAACUUAGAUUUCAAUAUUGAAGGCAAUGGUCUUCAAGGAUCUGCACUUCAUGAGCAGGGGUUUGCUUAUUGCUGGUCUGGUGCUCGGGCCAAUGUUGGAAUAACACGAGGGAAAUACUGUUUUGGUUGCAAAAUAAUUUCAAUGCAGCCAGUUGAUAUGGAGGACACUGCCCCUGACCAGCAGCAUGUUUGCCGUUUAGGCAUUUCUAGAGGGGAUGACAAUGUGGGGAACCUGGGGGAAACUCAACACAGCUUUGGGUUUGGGGGCACUGGAAAAUUUUCAAGUGCGGGCAAAUUUUUGGAUUACGGUGAAAUGUUCGGGAUUGGUGAUACAAUUGUCUGUGCUGUUAAUCUUGAAGAUAAACCGUUGGCUUCGAUUGGUUUCUCCAAGAAUGGUAAAUGGUUGGGUAUUGCAAAGAAAAUUGACGCUGGUCCUAGUGGUCUGGGAGUGGUGGACUCUCCAACGAGAAAAUUACAAUGGGAAUCGGCCCUCUAUCCCCAUGUUUUGUUGAAAAAUGUUGUGGUCGAGUUGCAAUUUAGUGUUGAAGAGGGACUUGUUCCUGAAGAAGAUUAUAAGCCUUGGGCUUCUGCUGUUGAAGAUGGAAGUGCAAUAAUGGGCCCCUCUAUUCCUAAGCCAGGGGAUUGUGAAUUGAUGAUGAUGGUUGGAUUGCCUGCGUCAGGCAAGAGUACUUGGGCAGAAAAAUGGAUGAAGGAGCAUCCUGAGAAGCGUUACGUUUUGCUUGGGACAAACCUAGCUCUGGAUCAAAUGAAGGUUCCGGGGUUACAGCGUAAGCACAAUUAUGGUGAACGAUUUGAUCGUCUAAUGGAUAAGGCAACUGGGAUUUUUAAUACCCUUUUAUCGCGGGCGGCCAAUAGACCUCACAACUACAUAAUUGAUCAGACAAAUGUUUACAAGAAUGCACGUAAACGUAAACUGAAACCAUUUGCAUUCUUUCGGAAGAUUGCUGUAGUGGUGUUUCCGAGGCCAGAAGAGCUGAAGGUUCGUUCUGCUAAGAGAUUCAAAGAAAUGGGAAAGGAGGUACCAGCUGAUGCAGUAAAUGAAAUGUUAGCUAAUUUUGUUUUGCCCAAGAGCAAGGAUAUGCCUGGAACGGAUGAGUAUUUUGAUCAGGUUAUCUUUGCAGAACUCAAUCGAGCAGAGUCUCAGAGACAUUUGGAUGAGAUGAAGCAUGCUCUUGCAUCUGCAUCCAAUUUGAACUCAAAUAACUCUUCAACUUAUUCUGGGAAAAGUCCUGUCCAGUCAUUUACUGGGUUUUCACCCCAAAAUCAGGGAGCUUCAGCAGUCGCUGGAGGACAUUGGCGAAGCUCUUAUUCGCCACCCAGUCCAUGUAAUUAUCAAGGUCCCAACCAAGUGAAUUCAGCAUAUGAGAGGGCUGGACUACAUGGAAGCAGAGGAUCAGAUGCUGAAGCAUAUCAAGGCAAUCAAUAUCCUGCUGUGAAUUCAGCAUAUGAGAGGGCUGGACUACAUGGAAGCAGAGGAUCAGAUGCUGAAGCAUAUCAUGGCAAUCAAUAUCCUGCUGUAUCUUGGGUAGCUGCCCCUCCCAAAACUUAUUCAAGCUACGAGAAUUCUUUUCCUAGAGAUGAUACUGUUUACUCGAGUUAUGGUGGCAUUCCUAGUGGUGGUGCUGCCCCUUACUGCGGUUUUGGAGCGAGUGGCCCCUACGGCAGACCUAACACUGAAGCCAUGAAUAACAUUCUUGGUGACGCUUCUUACCCAUACAGUAGUAGCAUGGUUGAACCCUCUCCAGUUGGAAGUGCAAGUACAAUGCCAUUCAGCACUCAAGCGUUCACAUUUGGUAGGUACUUUAAGGACAUGAGAGGUCCUGGCGCUGAUCUUCAGGGCCCAAGACCCCCCACAUAUUUGUCCACGCCUCAAGCGUUUGCAUUUGGUUCACCUUAUGGAACUCCGAUUCCAAGACCUCCUCCAUGUGGAAAUCUUCCCAGCCAUAUGCAGUAUUAUGGAGGAUAUGCCCCUCCCCGUCCAUGAAUGAUACUACUACUAACUUCUGUACAGAUUUGCUGGCUGUUCCUUGAAGUUUUGGACCAUCCGUUAAAGGUGAUUAAGUUGAUAUUUCAGUUUGUGGAAUUGCCGAAUCUUAACUAGGGGGUACAUGAUACGAUUGCAACUGAAGGCUUGCCUUUUUGAAAAGGUUGUACAUGAUAAUGCUAGGAUGACCUUUUUUUUGGUGGUCCCUUUCUUAUCUUUCGGAUGUAUAGCAUUAUAAGUUCUAAACGAGGAACCAUUUUGAAAUCCUGGGAGUGAUGGUUACUUUUGGGUUUCUUGUUCCCGUUCUCUGA